AAUUCAACCCAACCCCAAGCCGUAAGCGGAGAAAAAACAAGGAUUAGGAAGAAAAAAAAUUAUAGCAAAGAUCAAAAUUGAGUUCCAAAAAAAAAAAAAGAAAUUUCCCCAAAACUGAAUACAUUUGCCCUAACCCAGUUUACACUAAUAGGGUCAUGAUUCAUCCACUUACGACGGUUCCCGGAUCCUCCGCUGGCUGACCUAAGCCACAACCACCCUCAUUCUUCUCCUUCCUAAGAACGUGAGGGUUUAAACGGAUAAUGGAUUUCGGCGUUGGAUCCAUCGUAUGGGUUCGCCGGAGAAACGGGUCGUGGUGGCCGGGUCAAAUAAUUGACCCCGAUGAUAUCGCCGCUUCUCAUCUCACUUCUCCUCGUUCAGGAACUCCGGUUAAACUUCUCGGCAGGGAAGACGCUAGCGUGGAUUGGUACAACUUGGAGAAAUCUAAACGUGUAAAGGCAUUCCGUUGCGGCGAGUUUGAUGAAUGUAUUGAAAGGGUUGAAUCUUCGCAUGAGAUGCCGUUGAAGAAAAGAGAGAAAUAUGCCCGCCGUGAAGAUGCUGUUCUUCAUGCUCUUGAACUUGAGAGGCAAUUGGUGAAAAAGCAAGCAAAAUUAGCUGUUGCUUCUGAUCGAACCGAUCGCAGAACGUCUAGUUCGGUUAAAAAGGGUGUCGUAGGGUUGUCGGUGGAAACACAGGGAAACAAUAACGAAAAACAUGCAAAUUUUAGAUCAUACGUGUCUUGUGAAAAUGAUAUUGUUGGUGGAGGUUGUUUUCCUUUGGAGGUAGCAAGGGAUGGCAAUCAAGUCAGUAUGGAAGUAGAUCUCUCUGAAGCGACUCCUCGGAUGAGAGACUUGCAGGAUUUUGGACUCAAAAUUGCCCCUCUGAAAGGGAAGCUUUCAUCUCCUGUGGAUCCUAACGUUUCUCAGAAAAAUUCAGUCAAUGAGGGUGCUCGGGCUCUUGCAAGUGACAGUCUUUGCAUGGCGAAUGGAGCUAGGCAAAUAGCAUACCCGACAAAGAGGAGCAAGCAUUUUUAUUUUCCAACCGAGUCUACUGAUUCUCUUGAUUACAAAGAGAGACUAGCCCUUGUUGAGACACCAUCUCCAAAACUCGGAAGGGAGUUUCCUUAUCGUGGUUCUUUGGUGGGAGAGACUGAAUCAACGUUUAUGGAUGAUGUUGAAUCUGGCUCUUCAGAAACAGACUCUACUGUUUCUGAUACAGAUUCAGAUUCUUCUGAGACAGAACCAGACAUGGAUGAAAAGAUGACUUUACUUACAGAAACUGUCCGGGAUGAAAGCACUAGCAGUGAGGAGCCUGAUGAGUUGGCAGUUAACAGCGACAUGCCUCACCUCUAUCCUCGUGAACUGAUGACGAGCCAUGAACCCAUGUCUAAAUGGCAACUAAAAGGGAAAAGGAAUAAUCGGAAUCUUGUGAAGAGAUCUUUUGGUAUCCCUGACAGAAAAAGUAUUAUAUACGGAGCAGAGGCGGAUUUCGAAGAGGGGAGAAGUAAUUUAAGUCGCAAGAGAAUGGGUUCAAGUUUGCAUUGCUAUAGAAAUGGUUUUAGUGAUGCACUUUAUGACGAUGAUCAAAUGUUUGGAUUGGAAGAUGAAUAUUCUCUCACUCCUAGAGCUGUAUCAAAAAUUCAAAAUAAAAUCCAUCGUGGGGCUGAUUGGAAUGACUCGGCCUGGGAUGAACAUCUUGCUUCAACAGAAUUUUGGGAUAUUAAAGGAUUUACUCCAAUGUAUGAUGAUCGUUAUCAUUUUGGUGAGAGGAUGAGAUCGAUGCUGGUUAAUGUAGAUGUGAAGGUUCAAGCAAGAUAUCAGAAGGAGCCGGUGCCCUUUAUUUCUCUCAUGAGUAAGCUUGAUGGGAAGGCAAUAAUAGGUCACCCAGUCCAGGUUGAGGUCCUUAAAGAUGGUUCUUCUGAUACUCUCUUUUCUGCAAUGGAUGACUUCAGUAAUGAUGGAUUUGGUAUUGAGGGAAGUAGUGUGCUUCCACAAGCAUGGAGGACUGCAAGGAGAACAGCAAAUUUCCGUGUUCCUCGCCCCCAUGUAUUGUCAUCAAAUGGUUCUGAAGUUGCUGUUGAGUUUCCAUCCUUAGAUCAAGAACAAAACUUUGAUUAUAAAAAACUAAACACUGGAAGUUCCAGUCAUAAGGCAAGCCUUCAAAAGAAGAGUAGCCUUAAAAGUCAUCGGUCUUCCGCGGACAAAAAGUUUUUUAAAAAGGUGCCAAAGAAGUUGAGCUUGUCAUCUAACCAGAAAAUUAGAACUUUGUCCUCGUUAUCUACUCAACAUAGUCUUAGAAACCCAUUGCAUGAUAUCAGUAGCUAUCAAACAGAUAGAGUAGUUAAACCAGAAAUCUCUGGUCCAACCACAGUCGCUUGCAUACCAGUCCAGUUAGUAUUUAGUAGAUUGCUUGAGAAGAUUAACAGGCCUCCAUUGAAAGCAGCUAGUAAUGCAGCUUUGCUUAAUACUGGUGUGGAGAGAAAUUCUUAGGUUACAUGUAUAUUUUGUUAUAUAGAAAAGAAAAAUCUUAGAGUGAUAGCACAGGUUAUUGAGGAUACCUCUUUUCCAGUAUACAGAAAUUCUAUUCAAUUUAUUGUCUGCAUUUUAAGGAUUGAUAGGCUGUAUAGUUCUCUAUUCAUCAUGUAUCUAUUCAAUAUAAAUAAAAAGGUAACAUGCAAUUAUUUUAUUGUUUUUA